AAAAAAGAAGAAGUACUCCUUCUACAACAGCAGAAACAGGAUGCCGAGAGAACGUUUGAUCAACGAGCCAGGGAGGCCAGGGAAAAACUCAUGGCAGAACACAGCAGACAAAUGCAACAACAAGAUGCACGCUUGCGCGAAGAAAAACGAGACGCUAUAGCAGAAAGUAGCGAACUAGCAAAGAGGCAAUUGGCAGUAUGAUUGGAGAUUGCAUAAGUAUUCGUAACCCUAUCCGCAAUCAUAUACCGGUUAGCCACCAUGGCAUCCCCCACUGUAGUUCCUUCAUCGGAUGAGCAGUUGAUCCUUCAUCGGAUUAACAAGAAAUAGAGAACAAGUUGAAGUUCAAGUGCCAGUUGCAAUCUCACGUUGCAGUCUCACGUGCGUAAUUUAGUAGUAGUUUGCGACCGUAGGUUAGCAGUAGUACUUGAUGAAAACGAUAACGAACUGCCAACUGUAGUAGUUUGCGACCGUAGGUUAGCAGUUCGUUUUGUUGACUCCCACACUUCUCUAAAUUGAGUCCUAGAAGAGCGCUUGCGACGACAGCAGGCCUCAAGUGCCGAAUCUGCGGACUAUAUGCGAAGCAGUUUCGAGAAACAAAUCCAGGACUUGGAAAGCAAGCUAGCUGCCUCGAUCAUGUCUUCGAAGACUAAAGAGAAGGACUUCUCAAGUGGUACUGUAGUUAAGGCGGAGGUUAGGAAUAGAAGUAGUGCUAAUAGUAUUCAUUCACUCAUUCAUUCAGUACCACAUGAUUAAUAGAAAUAGCAUUACUAGAAAAGUUAGUAUUAGCAACAUUACAAAUACAUAAAAUAGUACAUCCUUGAGCUUGAUGAGGAUGAGGAUACCGCCUAAAGAGUCUUCGUCUUCCUUGACCUUUUUUCCAGUAGAAACAAAACCAAAUAAUGAUUUAUUUCUAAAUAGGUGGAACUUUUUGACUAUCUAAGGUUUACCCGUUUAUUUCUAAAUAGGUGGCCAAGGAGGCGGGUCCUCUGUCUGACGACUGUACUCUUCAUCCUCGUGCAACCUUCUACUUCAUCUAAGAGCCCUCCUGCUCCUUGCAAUUAUAUGUAAAAAUCUUCUACUCCUGAAACUUGAAACUUGAAACUAAUCUAAGAACACAGAUCAAACUGCAGCAACUGGUGCAACAGACACAAGAACUUGUCUAGAGGAGGAACUUUGUCGUUACAAGGAUAGGGUCAGUAGGUUGGAAAAGGACGUUGAACUGUGGGAAGGACGUUGCAGAGAACAGAGAGGCAAAGCGGAAGAAACGGACCUACUGAAAAUGCGGAAAGAUUAAGGCAUCAACCCAAAGACCACAAAGAGGGCAACAUCCUCAGUUCUAUCAGCGGGGCUUCGUACUGUAUGGUAUUGACAUAAUUUGGUAGCCUGAUUUUGAAGAUCAUAGGAGGAAGCAAGAGGUGGAGAAUCCUUGUGAUCAAAAUCAGGCUAUAUUUCCCGAAUACCAGAGCCAGUCUUCAGGCUUCCCUUUCAAGGGGUGGAAAGAGGGGCCGUCAGGGAAGAUGGUCUGUUGACAAAUGCAGGAGCAGCGCGGUAGCUCUAAAAAGCGCAGGAGUUGGAAGCGCAGCGGAUUGUUUUGGAGCGGGAACGACGCGAAGCACAGCAAAAACGAGAUGAGUGGAGUAAGGAACUGGC